AUGGCAACCGACCCAAACAAGCUAUCCACAGCUUUCGCAAACACACCCCUCGCAAACCAUGGCCAGAAAUGGUCCGCCUUCUGGGAAGAGAGAUUCACCCCCUGGGACCGCGGCGGGCCCUCCCUAGCCUUACUGGACAUCAUCACCACCCGUCCAGACCUCAUCCCGCCUCCUCCUCCUCCUCCUCCUCCUGCCCCAUCACAUGCAAGACAACAGCAGAAGAAGCCAACGGCCCUCGUUCCCGGGUGUGGUAAAGGCCACGACGCCCUCCUCCUAGCAAACCUAGGCUACGACGUCCUCGGCCUGGACUUUUCGCCCACCGCCAUCGCCGAGGCGAAGGAGAAUCAAAAGGCUGUACUUGCUGCGGCGGUGGCGGCGGCCGGUAAUGGAAACCGGAAACAAAACGGAGACGGAGCAGAGCCGGACGUAAACGCCAUUCGCCAACCAAACGGCGCCGAGCCGGGUUCCGUGACGUGGCUCUCUGGCGACUUCUUCUCCGACUCGUGGCUCGAGACCUGGCCUCGCGAGGGCAAGACGUUUGACCUCAUCUUUGACUACACUUUCCUAUGCGCCCUCCCCCCAACAGCCCGCCCCCAAUGGUCAGCCCGCAUGUCCUCCCUCCUGAACCCCGCCACCGGCCGCCUCAUCUGCCUCGAAUUCCCGUCCGGCAAACCUCUUUCCCAGCCGGGGCCGCCGUGGGGUCUGAACCCGAGUAUCUAUCUCGCGCUGCUCACCCGCCCCGGCCAACCGCUCGACUUCUCCUCUUCGACGCUGGCGGGCGAUGAGGCCGAUGUCGUUGUCGUCCCCCCGGCCCCGAGCGAGGACGGUGGUGAAGGCACCGGUCUGAAGCGGUUGGCGCUCGUCAAGCCUGCUAGGACGCAUCGCGCUGGUAUGAAUGAGGACGGUUCGGUUCGCGAUUGGGUUCAUGUCUGGAGUCACUAA